CGGUGGUGGUGGUAGUGGCAGUGACAGUGGUAGUGGCGGCGGCGGCGGCGGUAACGCUGGUGGGGAACGUAACGGAGGCGGUGGUGGUGGUGGUUUCGCCGGUGGUGGUGGCGAAGUCGCGGAGAAGGAGGAGAGGCCACCGGCUUCAGAGACUGUCGAGCCGACGGCCGCGUUUGACGUCGCAUCCCUCGUACUCUACGGCUCGCGCGCACUGCCGAUACGCCUUAAGAUCUUGCUCGAUCAAUUGUUCAACCAGUUGCCCCCCGCGCAAGUGACGCGUCUCUUAGCUGCCUUCGGCUGGACCCACGAGGAUUACACGCGAGGAUACAUACUGCAGGACUCGCAGAACGGCCCGGUGCUGGACCGAUGGAGCAUCUGCUCGGCUGAGGAGGAGCCGCUGGUUCUGCAGCAGUUCCUCAGAUUCGCCGAGACGCGUCCGUUCGUGCAGCAGUUGCUGCUGGCCGCCGGAACGCCGGGUACGGAUGCUAUGUCACCAAGCAGACGACCUUCGCCGCCGACGAUGCCACUAGCACACCUGCCGCCGCCGUUGCACAUGCUCCACUGCGGCCUACCACCGCCGGGUUCCCGGUUGCCGCCCCCGUUGCCGCCGCCGCCGCCCCCGCCGUCGGCCUCGCACCCCUCGAUGUCGCCGACGGCGCCGAAGCACUACUCCUCGAGCGGCAAUCCCGUGAGCGGCAGCCGGGCGAACUCGCCGCCGCGCACCUUGGACUCGCACCUGACGGUGUCGCCGUUGAACCGGCUGCAGAGCAUGCAGCCCUUCGACUUCCGGAAGCUGGGCACUCUCGGGCUGCCGGCGUUCCCGCCGUUACCGCCGCCGCCGCCGUCCGCGGAGCAGCUGAUGCAGAAUCGGAAGUCGAUGAGGAACCCGCAGAGUCCGCACAGUCCGCCGCACCACCACUCGUCGCAGCUGCAGAGGCCGCACAUGCCGGUCGCGGCGCCGGUCUCCUCGUCGGCGUUAACGGCCUUCGGACACCCCCUGUCGGUCGCGGUAUCGUCCAGCGCGCUACCGCCGAGCUUCCCGACGCACUUCCCGCCGCCGCCGUUGGGGAAGUCGCCGAUCGCCGGGAUCGGCAGCCUGAGCGUGCCCGCGGACGUGCAGAGCGGCGGCGAGAAGAGCAGCGAGUUCGGCUCGGAGGAGGACGAGGACGACGAGGAGAACUCGGACAGCGCGCUGAACCUGAGCAGACGGGACUGCUCGAAGCACGCCGGCGGCAUGAGCGAGCGGCAUCCGUUGCCGCUGCAAGCGGCGCCGUUGGGCAGGCCGCCCGGCAUACCGGGUAGGAAGCCUCACUCCCCGGGUAAGCGGCCCGGCGGCCAGUGGGGCGCCGCGGCGAACAUGCCGCCGAACCUCGGCACCCCCUUCAUCAACCCGACCACCGGCAAGAAGCGCGUGCAGUGCAACGUGUGCCUGAAGACCUUCUGCGACAAGGGCGCGCUCAAGAUCCACUUCAGCGCGGUGCACCUGCGCGAGAUGCACCAGUGCACGGUGAAGGGCUGCAGCAUGAUGUUCAGCUCGCGCAGGUCGCGCAACCGGCACAGCGCGAACCCGAACCCGAAGCUGCACUCGCCGCACCUGCGCCGCAAGAUCUCGCCGCACGACGGCCGCUCCUCGAUGGCGCACGCGUUGGUGCUGCCGCCGCAGGUAGGACUGCCGGUGCCGGCGACCGGUCUCAAUCACCUGCCGUUCGGCUCGUUUCCGUUGCUGACGCCGCCGCCGGACCUCCGCUCGCCGGCCUCGCUCUGCGCCCUCGACUUCAAGCACUUGGACCUCUCGUCCACCCCCGGCCGGCCGUACGACGAGGCGCUGCAGCAGAGGAUGAACACCACCACCGCCUCGACGACGAUACCGGCGGCGAUGUCGACCGCGGCGGCCACCACGACGGCGCGAGCCUCGAGCGGCAGCGCGGUCUCGCCGUCCACCCAGGCGUCCUCCGUGCUCCUGCCGGAGGGCGAGGAGGAGGAGGACGACGAUGACGGUGGUAUCGUGGUGGUCGCCGAGGACGAGAGCAGCAAUCUGCCGUCCAGGUUGCCGUUGCGCAACGACGACGACGAGCAGCCGGCGGACUUCAGCCUGGCGAAACGGCCGAAGCUCUACUUCGGCGACACCGCCGACGAGGAUCUCGUCAGCAAUCCCGACAGCAACGAGGACAACGACUCGAUGGGCGGCACGCUCGAUCAGCAGUCCUUCUCCGUGAGCCAGCACUCGCUCAACUCGAGUUCCUUCCACAGCCGGGGCGUGCGCAAGAGGAAGUCCCAGCACCCCACGAGAUGCGCCGUGCCGGCCGAGGUGCACUCUUCGUCCACCGACGGCGACUCCUCGAACGACGAGGAGCACCAGCGGAUUCAACGCCGGUGUCUGUCGGACGCGAUGCCGGACUUCCAGAACCAGCCGGAGGACAUGUCGAUGUCCAGGCUCGAAGCGGAGGAGCGGAAGAUGCUGCCCUCGGGCUCGCCCUCGAGGAAUCUCAGGCCCGCCGGCGGCUUUCACGAUCGCGAGUCGGACUCGCGCUCCCCGGAGGCCGACAACGCGGAGGAUCUCCUACCUCAGGACGAGCCGCGGGACUUGAGCUCGAGGGCGAGCAGCGUGAAAUCGCCGAAACGGCAGAUCACUCCGGAACCAAAGACCGAGAACGCGCCGACGAUUCCGAAGGAUUCCGACGUUGUCGCGAGGGAACGGAAAGAUCGACGGCAGAGCUCGGAGAGCGAGGGUGGCGAGACGCCGAGGGUGAAGGAAGAGAGGAACGUGAAGAGAGAACCCACCGAGACGACGACGACGACUACGACGACUAGAACCAGCAGCAGGAGGACGAGGAGGACGACGAUGAUGAGCCCAUGGAGGAGGUCGAGGAGGAUGAUGAUGAUGAGGAGGAGGUGGACGACGCGCUGCGCAAUCAGGAAGGGUCGGUGCGCGAUGCCGUACGCCGAGACGCAGCGGGUGGCUUCGAGGUCUGGCCGCGGCUCUACCAGCCCUAUCAGCCUCACGACCCACCAGGAGACCACCAUGGACAACUCCUCACAUGGCUCUCGUUCAUCCAGCGCCUCACCCUCCACAGCGGCCAUGGAUACGGACAAUAGCCUGAUCACGUACGCGCGCUACGAGAACGGCGGCUUCGUCAGCACCCAGGAGGUGCCGCUCGACCGUGAGAACCCGCGUCGCUGCACCGCCUGCGGCAAGGUCUUUCAGAACCACUUCGGCGUCAAGACGCACUACCAGAACGUCCAUCUCAAGCUGAUGCACCGCUGCAGCGUGGACGGCUGUAACGCGGCCUUCCCGUCGAAACGGUCGCGCGACCGCCACUCGGCGAACCUCAACCUCCACCGGAAGCUCCUGUCGACCUCCUCGAGCCCGCCGCUCUCGUCCAGCCUGCCGCCGCGCAUCGACGACCCGCAGAUGAGCCCGUUGCUGCACAACGAGUUUCUCGCGAGACUCUACGCGGACACCGGGAUGGGCGCGUUGGGCGCGUAUCCGUUAGCACCGCCACCCGGCUUGCCGGUCGACCUGGCCGCGAGGAUACCGCCGCCUCACCCGCUCCUCCUACCGCCGCACCUCGGCGCCACAUUCCCCGGGCUCUCGACGUUCGCUUCUCACUUGGCCGGCUUGAACGGCUUCGCCCAUCAGCACCUGAGUCACCUGACGAAACUCACUCAGGAGCAGAGCAGGCCGCCCGUCGCGGGCUCACCCGUCUCUUCACCGGGCUCGGACGACCGCAAGCUGGAGGAGGCUCGCUGCACCGUUCCCGGCUGCGAGCGCGUCUUCGGCUCCAGGGCGGUGCGAGACGCGCACUCCAGGGACCCACAGGCCCACCGCGACCUGCCGAUCCUGUCCACCAGCAGCGGCUCGUGACCGAUCUCCUCGUUCUGCGGCCGCGGACGCGACUAUUAUCCCCUACUGUGAUGCCAAAAUCCUAAACGGCGACUCGGCGCGGCCAACGCUCGGUCGCCGAUGAUCUCGCGGGCCUCGCGAACGGCGACAAGCUCC